AUGGCCGUCACCAUUGGGGACUGGCCGCUCAGUGAUGUCGUAUAUACCAUCAUUGUUGGCCUGCUCAUGCUGAUGGCCUGUCUUGAGUGGUUUCUUUGGCUCGCAGCAUUCAUGUACUGCCUCGUCAAGGUGUUUGGAAAGGCGGAGCAUUGGUCUAUUCGGGUUCUAUGUCUAGUCAUUGGCUCUGCUUUCGUUUUGCUUCGAUGUAUUUUUCUUCCUAUAAUGAUUGUCACCUUGCCUCUGCCUCGUGCGAUAGCAAGCUUGUGGCCAGAGACUCUCACGUCCUUUUUGCAGUGGUUUGCGUUUUGGAGCUUUUCAAUAUUGCUCACUGUUCCAUGGCUGUUUUGCAUAUACCAGCUGGUCACCAACCACUUGGGACGCACAAAACGAAUAAAACGAGUUCUCGAUGACUAUACAGCCCCCAAAGUCGUCGUUGUUAUGCCAUGCUAUCGCGAGGAGCCGAAUGUCCUCGUCAGCGCCGUUGACUCUGUAGUUGAAUGUGACUAUCCUGCCACAUGCAUUCACGUCUUCCUGUCUUUUGAUGGAGAGCAGGUUGAUGAGUUGUACCUCAACACACUAGACUUGCUGGGGAUACCGACCACCCUCGACUCGUAUCCUAAUUGCAUUGAUGUCAUCUACAAAGGUGUUCGGGUUACGGUGUCGAGGUUUACUCACGGUGGCAAGAGGCAAUGCCAAAAGUCCACGUUUGAACUCAUUGAUCGCGUUUAUGCAGAGUACAUCAAGCAAAACGACAACAUCUUCAUCUUGUUUAUCGACUCAGACUGCAUUCUUGACAGAGUCUGUCUCCAGAAUUUUGUGUACGACAUGGAGCUCAGUCCUGGAAAUUCCAGAAAAAUGCUGGCUAUGACCGGAGUGAUCACGUCGACCACCAAGAAACACAGCAUUAUUACCCUGCUUCAGGACAUGGAGUAUAUUCACGGGCAACUAUUUGAGCGCACCGUUGAAUCUGGCUGCGGAUCCGUAACGUGCCUUCCAGGGGCGUUAACAAUGCUUCGCUUCUCAGCCUUUCGAAGAAUGGCCAAAUAUUACUUUGCUGACAAGGCUGAGGAAUGCGACGACCUGUUCGACUACGCCAAAUGCCACCUUGGUGAGGAUCGAUGGCUCACGCAUCUCUUCAUGAUAGGAGCCAAGCAACGUUAUCAAAUUCAGAUGUGUACCUCGGCUUUCUGCAAGACUGAGGCAGUCCAAACUUACGCAUCUCUGGUCAAGCAGCGUCGUCGAUGGUUUCUUGGCUUCAUAACAAACGAGGUAUGUAUGCUAACUGACUGGAGGCUAUGGAAGAGAUAUCCCGCAUUGAUAUUAGUGCGAUUUAUGCAAAAUACGAUUCGAACCACGGCACUUUUGUUUUUCGUAAUGGUUCUGGCUCUCUUGACCACUACGGCCAAAGUGCGCAACCUGCCCGUAGGAUUCAUGGCUGUCUCCCUGGGGUUAAACUGGCUUCUGAUGCUAUACUUUGGCGCAAAGCUGAAGAGGUUCAAGAUAUGGUUUUAUCCUCUCAUGUUCGUACUAAAUCCCGUCUUUAACUGGUACUAUAUGGUGUAUGGAAUUUUGACAGCUGGGCAACGAACGUGGGGAGGACCACGAGCGGACGCUGCAGCUGCCGACAUGCACACAACUGCCAGAGAAGCAGCUGAGAAAGCAGAGAGACAAGGUGACGAGUUGAACGUUGUUCCUGAGACGUUCAAGCCAGCAAAGGAGGCUAGAAGGGCCGCCCGUGAGAGCCAAGUAUCUGGUGUCUCAAUUGGCCGCAAGCGAAGUGUUGUGCGUCCCCCGGAUGCUAUCGAUGGACAAUUCUUUGGCCCUCAAAACGCCAGGAAUACUCUUUACGCCAAUAGACGACGUCUUCAGCAAAGUGAGCCCAUUUCCGAACAAUUCAACCUGGACAUGGAAGGGGCGGUGUCCUACGGUGCCGAUGGUGACGCCUAUAUGAGUGAUGAAGAUAAGAGGAAAUACGCCAUAGCUCACCAGGCCCGGAGACAGCGACUGGAAGAAAGUUCUGAAACGAGUACCGGGUUUCUAACGAGGCAUCCCCGAGAUUUCCAGGCGGGUCGGAUCUACAAGGAGGACAAUCGGGCUGAUUGCGUGGGAAUUGCCUUAUGA